UCCAUGCCCAGACGGAUACCAGCUGUGUGAAAGGGCGACGAUGAUGAACCAUAUAAAAAUACUACUACUUCUAGUAUUGUGCUGCAACUUUACUUUGGGACAGAAUAUACAGCAACUGCUUGACCUAUUCCUGCAAGCUACGUCAGACGACGACGAUGGAGGAGAUUUCCCAGAUCUAUCAAAUUUCAACCCUCAGAACUUUAAUUUCACUGGAACUAUUGGAGAUUUGUUUACUGUUGAUGAAGAGUCGGGAAACCUCAUCCUAAUCAAUUCUACUACAGGCAACUUAAAUUCAGGACUCCCACCCCCUGAACAACAAUCAACACCAACCCAAGGGAUAACUGACCCAAUAUCAACCCCACAACCUUUACCCAUAUCUGCAACCACUGCCUCACCUAUCGAAAUAAUUUCUACGCCAGUAACAGAACUUGUUACCCAUUCCCAGUCACCUGUAGUUAAUCCACCAGCUACUCAAGUAAUGAUAACUAAUCCACCAACCACUCCCCAGCCCAUAAUUACAACUCCGCCAGCUAUUCCAUCUAUAAGUGCAUCCCCUGGGCAGUUAACUAGUUCUAGCAGCCAGUUGCCUGCUACUAGCAAUCAACCAUCUGGUCAACUUGCAGGAACAACAGGCCAGUUUCCAGGUCAAUUCCCUGUAUUAGGUAGCCAGUUUUCUGGACAAUUACCUGUAUCUGGUGGACAAUUGCCUGUGCAAACUGGCCAGUUUCCUGGACAGUUCCCAGGGACAUUUAUACCAGCUGCUGUUCAGUUUCAGAACCAGUUCCCUGUCACUGGAGGAUUUUUCCAUGGUCAGCCUCCUAGGCCAUUUCCUAGUUUUGGUCAGAUCCCUAACCAGGGUCAGUUUCCAGUCUCUAGCCAGUUUCCUAACCAAGGUCAAUUUCCAGUUGCUAGUCAGUUUCCAAACCAAGGUCAAUUUCCAGUUGCUAGUCAGUUUCCUAAUCAGGGUCAAUUUCCAGUUGUUAGUCAGUUUCCUAAUCAGGGCCAAUUUCCAGUCACCAGCCAAUUUCCUAAUCUGGGACAAAUUCCAGGAAGCUUUAGUCCUGUGACUGGAGGUCAGUUUAGCCCAGUUACUGGAGGUCAAUCUCCAGGAACUGGUGGAAAUUUAGGAGGCCAGAUCCAGGUCCGGGAUCUGCUCCAGGAGGUCAAGGAUGCAGACUCUUCUGUCUUAAUAAUUCUGGUCAGUAUGUGUGUUGUCGCCAGUAGAUUUAAUUGACUUUUUCGAUUUAUUUCUUCAAUGAGUAGAAUUCAUUUUUUGGUUGUGUUUCUGUGACAUUAAAGACUCAUAUUUGGGUAUACAAUCACAUCACAUUCACAUUCAUAGGAUUGUCUUUGCAUUCUGGCGUAACAUAGAUGUGUGCAGUGCUUUAUAAUCAUAUGCUUUUAUAUGAUAUCAUAAUUGUUGAUAACUAUUUAGAUCUCUAUACAACAAUUUCUUUAGAUGACAAAGAAUCUAAAGUUUCAUUUCUUAUUAACUUCUUAUUGUUGAUACGCUAAUUAAAGUCAUAGUUUAAUAGUCUGUCAUUGCAUAUUGAAUGUAAAUCUUAGAAGAUAUCAAUAAGCUAAAAAAAUCUGUUGCUUUAUUUCUUGGUUCUUAAAUUGUUUACAUUUGGGAUAGAAGUAAGAAACUUUGCGCUUUGUAAAACUUGCUGUAUUCAUUGUCAGUUGAAAUGGCGCUGCAGCAGCUACCUACUCUCACGAUAAAUUGCAACUGUAAAUGGAAAUCGUGUCAGGAUUCCAUUUUGAUUGUCGUAAGCGAAAGAUAAUUAGAUAUCUGUAGACAUUUUUGAGUAAUGUUAGAAUUUUAAGUUAAGUGAACUAGUUAAGUUGCCUUUCUCCCUAGAAGUUAGGUGUGCCCCCUUGAUUUAGUUGCCUUGGAUAAAAAAGAUCUAGUAGAUGGAGGGAAAGAAAGUAAAGUAAAGAGGUAAGUGGCUCUUUUAUAGUGCAGACCUUCACAUUCACUCCCAAAAGGAAGUGGAAGGCCUUUUUAAAAGGGGAAACCAUUAUCAAUAUUAAGCCACCACUGCAUCUGCACCAAGAAUCCAGAGAGAUGGAUUUCCUUUGAUUGGUACAGCAAGACCGGGGUUAGCAGUGCCAUAUUAAAAUGCCAGAUAUUAUUAUACAGUACAAUGGCAGAGAGCACUAUGAAAAAAUAUUAGAGACAGACAUACAAUAGUACUUUACAUGCUUUUUUUUUCACACGGAAAUUCAUGUAUAACUUGGUUAAAAUUUUGUUGUCGUAAUAGUUCACUCUCAAUACUCAUUACUGAUAAAUGAAACAAAAGUUCUUGUGACAUUGAUGAUCGAAGUUCAUUUAUUAUCCGUUUCAGUUUUGAAAAUGACAGUUCACCACUUCAGUUUGAGCAAUCAAACAAAGAUGUAUACGUAGAAUAAUGCCAGCAUUUGGAAAAAGUUAUUUUAUUUUUACUCCAGAAUAAGACGAUGCAUAAAUAUCUCAUGUGACUUCCUUUCUUUCCUCAACACAUAAUUUUACAAAUUCAGAAAAUUGAAGUAAUUCUCUACUAAUUAACUCUCAAUAUCAUUUGGGUAUAGAGAUGCAAGCUUCUGACCAACAAUAUAUAUAAUCAAUGCUCAUUGCAUUGCUUCCAAUAUAAGAGAGAAAACUAAAUCAACCACUGAGCAGCCCAAAAAUAUUUGUCCGUUUAUCUAGUGCUGAUACCAUAGAUAUACAGGGGAGCUAUUGGACAGACAAGUGAUGAUCGCGUGCACGUAAGGCAUCAUUGUUAUGCGAUGAUUCUGAGAAAUGGCAGUGGAAGUGACUGCAGAGAUCAGCAGCAACAAAGCCACUUCUGGCACCUGCUGGGCCAUCAACUGUGUUCCAUACAAAACAGAAUCACACAAGAACAGGAAUCUUAUUUCACCAGAUAGUGAAAUUUUUUCUUUCAUGAAAAUCUUCAUAGCUGUUUUGAAACAACCCCAAAUAAAUGUAUGUUAGAUCACAGUCAACUUGCAGUCAACUAAACGCCUGCAUUUUGAGCUAAUAAAAUAGUGAAUGCUACAAUAACCUUUUUAUUAAAGCCUAUUUGACAUUAAAUUCUUGUAGCCUAAUAAAUUAGCAUGUAGGGUUACUGUCAGUCCAUAUAACCAUGGUUAAGUAGGACAAUUUUCCCUACGACUAAUUCUACAAUGUACAUAGUAUCAUGGGGCCUAGCCCUGGGUGUGAAUGAUGAAAUAUUUAAUGUUAUUUACAAUGUCAUCAAUAAGUUCUCAAACCUCCUUGUAUGCAGAGGACUCGGUUGAAUGUGAUCUGCCAGAACACUUGAAGGUAGUAAGCUAUUCUUCAAUUUUACCUGCAUCAUUUUUACCCUAUACUUCAAAUUUAUACUACAUAAUAGCUUUAAAAGAAAACUACCAACUAGCCAGUCUACCAGGGUUGAUCAUCAAAUAAUCAAGGGUAGCCUACCAUAGCCUAAUCUUUGCUUACCAAAGGUUGCCUAACUUGGCAUAAUCUUCUGGAAUGCUGCCUUUUUUUUUUUUUUUUAUCUGUCCCCCUUCACAGACUAUGAAAUACAGCUCAAAGUCUUGGCUAGCUAUGAAAGUCUAAGUUAUUCUUACAGGCUAACCUAACUUAGACUGCACAAUGUAAAUAAAUAUGUUCAAUUACAGGUCAGUAUGAUUGUGAGAUGUUAAAUACUUUUAUAUAUGAUUACUAUGUCUGCAGACUGCAGCACAUAGUAGUUGUUAGUAAAUGGAUAUUUUUCCACGUGAUUUCUCUAACUAUAUUCAUGUGCCUUUCGAUUAGAUUUUUUAUCAACUUGUGCUUUAUUUUUCGAUAAAUAUUUUAAUGGAGCCCCUUUAUUCAUAAAGAAGCAUUUUCAGAAUUAUAAAAAUAAAAUAAUUCUGAAAAGACAUCUAUUAUGAAUAGAGGGAUUUCAAUAAAAGAUUUAUUGAAAAAUAAAACAAGUUAAUACAGAAUCUAAUUGAAAGGCACGUGAAUGUUGUUAGAGAAACAACAGGGCAAAAUAUUCAUUUACUAAUAACUACCAUGUGCUUCAGCCUGCAGGCACAUGCACACAUAAUAUACAGGGUGUUUCGAAAUUAGAGGUCCCCUCUACAGCAUAAACUAAAAUUGAUAUGGCAAAAACAAAAGUAAUUCAGAACAGGUAUUUAUUUAAGUUUCUCUCUGAGUAUUUAAUAUUUUGUGUGGCCGCCAUCUGCCUGCAAAUCGCUAAACGCUGAGACUCAAACUCCAUUUCCCUGAGCACUUUGGUCACCUCUCUUCGCAGGUCGUCGAGGCCUGGUAUACCAUCAUAGUUCACUGUGCACGCUUCAACACGAUCCUUUAAGAUACUACCAACGUUUUCACGCACAUUAAGGUCAGGGGAGCUACCUGUAAAUUCACUUGACGAGAAGAAAUCGACACCACUGUUUCGAGCAGCUCCUAUGUCUGAAGAGCCUUGAAACAUGGUGCCUUAUCAUGCAAAAAUAUGACUUCUUCAACAGAUAACACACUUUCAGGAUCUUUGAGGAAAGGAAAUACUCCACCAGUAAGCACAGAUUCACUGAAGUAUUCGCCAUUCCAUGACUGUCCUUUUUCUUUGAUGAUCCACAUUAACCGUUUGGCUGUGAAACAGAAAAAUUCCCAAACAUUCAGGAAAUUUCACAACUUGGCGAUAACGCACGUCAUCACUGAUAUCAUCCAACUUUGCAGCCCAAAUGAUGUCUUUUUUAUGAUUUGUCUUUCAGACUGUGUAAAUGAAGAAUUCAUCUGAUGCGGUAACAUGGAGAUAGUCAGCUUCAUCCCAAUCUUUAAGAAAUGACAUACAGCACUAUAACUUCUUUUCUUUCACAUUUUUGUUUCUGGUUCAAGCGUCAAUUUAUGUAAAGACUUUUUUGGUCUGUCCACUUCCUCAGCUAUGAUGUCUUUUGACUCCUGAGAAAGGACUUCUAAGAUUCUCACUCUUUUCGCGAGGACAGUCAUAUGGAGUUUUGUUCCAGUUUCUUUUAACAAAUGAUUCAUCUCUUUUAAUGUAUUUAGCUCUCCAGGAACAUGAAAUGAAAGAUGCGCAAGCAUCCCUGGCCUCUCUGAGGGUUAUAGCCCAGAUUCGGUCAAUCCAUCCGAUUUCCUGCGAGUCAUUAGCCAUGGCUGUAUCUAGCUCCAUCACUCAGUAUGAAAAUACAAGAAAUGUAAAAUGAAAAAUAGCUUAAUAGAAACUUUAGAUAAUGUACUUGGAAAUAGGCUAUAGCAGAAAACUUCAUAACUUUCUAUUUGUUCUGUGUAGGGGGUGCUCUA